CUAAAUAUCAUUUUUAGCUAGGUGUGCGGCAGAACACAAUGAUCACCCGUCAACUAAUUUGUAUUCCGUUUUUCAGGUAUAAAUGUGGCAGCCGGUUGCGUAAAAGUGGUAAGAAAGUUGUGACGAGGAAAAUUAAGAAACGCCGUAUUUGCAAUGAUGUUUCUUAUUAUAGCUAUUUACCAGAUGAAAUUGUUCUCCUGAUAUUAAAUAAAAUAAUCGAUUUGAAAACCUUAUGCCGUUGUAAACUUGUUUCUAAACAAUUCAAUUUGAUCGCCCAUCAAGUCGACACCAUUUCUUUCGUAGCGUGUCGUGCAGACAACCCCGCCAGUCAUGAUUCAAACCCAUCCGCUGAUGAUGAACUUCCUGAAAAGCUAUUGCAUUUCCUUUCUAAACCCUUUAAUUUUACCCUUCGUGGUCUUAAUGAAGAGCAUCGUGCUCCCGUUGCAUCUUAUGAAUGUGAGUCUUUUCGGUCUGCAAUUCAGUCUUUGAGUAAGUUUACACAACUUAAGUCUCUAAGUAUUGAGCUCCUGUCUACCCGACAAGAUGUUGUUGAUAAUGGUUCUGUUUUGUACAAGUGGAAGGUUAAGUUUGGUAGAAAAGUUGAAUCGUUAGUUAUUCUGUCGCCCAGUUCAAAUGUUGAUGGAAAUGGCGUGGAUGAAGAACAAGAUGAUCCAGAUUUAUGUUUGAAAUAUGAAAACUUGGCUAAAGACUGUUUGAUUUUCCGUUUGAUGCGGCUGUGA